CUCAGAAGUGAUGCAACCCUUUGAACCUUGUCUUCCGUUCGUGACUCAUCAAAUUCCCCACAGUGGGACCAAUGAAGAAUAUCUAAUCUAAACUCUAAUGCCAGUGAACUUGGAUCGGGCUGUGAGUCCGGUCACAAUCAUGGAGCUGCUCGAACCCAGGUGUGAGUCACUGAGACGCUGACAAACAUUUGCGCGGCAAAUAAUGCAACCUCCUUCGUUUACGUACAGAGCAAACUGGAACUUUUGUCGCCGCUGUGUCGCUUCUCUGGCAGAAAGCCAACGUCACUUGAUCAUGUGACCAGCAGUCCUGCCCUCCCGGGUCUCCAGAUGAUCCUCGAGCAAGGGUGGCAGUUUGGGUGAAGACCUUGAUGUUUUUUUGUGUCCAAGUUGUUGCUGGUAGCAUGAGUCAUUUGGUGAGAUACCAUACGCUUUGGUGGAGUAUGUGACGGUGAUCAGCUGGAAGACUGUGGCUCGCUGGCCAGACCAAAGUUCAACCAGUGAAAGCACCUGACUCUCAGUAACUGAUGUCACAGUCGGGAGCUUCUCGAUCCCGGAACUCUGCCGACUCCCGUCUGAGCUCAGGGCCAAGCUCUGCGUCACGCAGCAAAUACUCCCUGCAGCCGCCGCGUCUGCUCUCCGGCCGCCGCCGCAGCUGAUCCGCCCGAGCUCUGUGGACCAACAGGCGAUGAAGUUCUGACCCCAACUUGCUUUCCUCUGAAGCGGUGAGUCAUGGCUGAACCCAACGCCGCCCGUCCCCAGAGGAAGAUGUCCACGGCGGGGGAGAGCAUCUACAAGGUGCUGGGGCUGGAGAAGGGCGCGUCGCCUGAGGACAUCAGGAAGGCCUACAGGAAGCUCGCGCUGAAGUAUCACCCCGACAAGAACCCGGACAACCCGGAGGCCGCAGAGAAGUUCAAGGAGAUCAACAACGCCAACUCCAUCUUGAACGAUGAGAACAAGAGGAAGAUCUACGACGAGUACGGCUCCAUGGGCCUCUACGUGUCCGAGCAGUUUGGAGAGGAGAGCGUCAAGUACUACUUCCUCAUGUCCAAGUGGUGGUUCAAGGGGCUGGUGGUCUGCUGCGCCGUCUUCAGCUGCUGCUGCUGCUGUUGCUGCUGCUGCUUCUGCUGCGGGAAGUGCAAACCUCCGGACGACGACGAGAGCUACCAGUACGUGGACCCUGAAGACCUGGAGGCCCAGAUCCGAGCGGAGCAGGACGGAGGAGGUCACACAGUAAUCAUAGGCCAGCCCACUUCUAACAGCAACCAGUCCCCCGAGGGCCCGGCCCCGCCCAUCCCGCUGCCCAUGCCGGCGCCCUGUGCUCCCGCCAGCCCGGCCGGGGAGGAGAACCCCGGGGAGACCUUGCCAGAGUCCAAGUGACUCGACGCUGACGCCGCGACGUGACUCGCCGGGAGGAAGCAGGUCAGCCACACUUCCUGUUAGCUCCACAGUGGCGCCCGAGGAAGAUCCGGCUGCACCAGACCAUCCGUCAUCCAGGACCCCAUCUCUUCAGGUCCCCUGCGUCUGGGCCGUGCGUGGAGCUCCUCCGAUCCUCCGUGGAACUUCCUGGAUUUUAGACUUCCUGUAGAGGAGGCGGGUCAGAAAUGACUGCAUGAGGCAGGGGCCGAGUCCGGUCUCCUGCGGUGACCCGCCUCCGCCACCCCGGCGGCGAAGCUCUCCGCCGCCUGUGUCGUCCAGUUCACCUCGCCCGCUCCGCCGUCAGUGUUGCAUAUCUGGGCUCGGCCCGUCCGGAGAGCGGCGGCCGGCCCCUCUCUUCCCAGCCACUUCAGACUCGUCUCACAGCAUUUGCCAAACGUCUCCUGAUUCCAACCACAGAAGUUUAUUUUUCCUCCACUUCUUUGUAAAAUUCAUCUGCAAAUAAAUAAUAAACCACUUUUUUUUUUUAAGACGCUCGCGGACUCCUGUGGGGCCCCGGGGCCGGGUCACUGUUGGAGCAGUAAAUAUGCUGGAACUGUGGUGUCAGCAGACUGGGACACACCGC